UCUCUCCAGUGGCCUCUGCUCCUCCUGCCGGCUCCCUCACUCCACCCGCACUGCUGGCACCACCGGCCCGGGUGGCUAUUCAGCUCCAGGACAAUGGCCGCUCUGCACACGCUGUGGAUGGGGCUGGUCCUGCUGGGAGUCCUGGGAGUCCUGCAGACGCGGGCCCAGGCCCAGGUCUCCCUGCAGCCCAACUUCCAACAGGACAAGUUCCUGGGGCGCUGGUUCACCUCGGGCCUCGCCUCCAACUCGAGCUGGUUCCGGGAGAAGAAGAACGCGCUGUCCAUGUGCAUAUCAGUGGUGGCCCCCAGCGCGGAAGGAGGCCUCAACCUCACCACCACCUUCCUCAGGAAAGACCAGUGUGAGACCCGGACCCUGCUGCUGCGGCCGGCGGAAACCCCAGGCUGCUACAGCUACACGAGUCCCCACUGGGGCAGCACCCACGACGUGUGGGUGGUGGCGACAGACUAUGAGGAGUACGCGCUUUUGUACACGGCGGGCACAAAAAGCCCGGGCCAGGACUUCCACAUGGCCACUCUCUACAGCCGCACCCAGACCCCAAGGGCUGAGGUAAAGGAGAAAUUCAGCACCUUUGCCAAGACCCGGGGCUUCACAGAGGAUGCCAUUGUCUUCCUGCCCAAGACCGCCCUGGGCGCAGCACAGGAAGAUACUCCUUCUCCAGGAACAGCACCCCCCCCCACCCCCACCCGCCGGCCCAGUUUCACCAAGCAGCCGCGGUGUUCUAGGCCCCUGGGCGGCCCUCAGGACACAGGGGUCCGUAGCCUGGUGGGAAACGGGCCCCAGAAACAGAACCAGUGGGCUGGGAUGCCUGUGGAGGGCAGCGGUGCUAUGGGAACAUGGCGAGGGGGUGGGGGGGGGGGCAGCCGCACUGGGCAGAGCACCCACGGCCCCCUGAGGCAGGCAGCCUGCUCUGGGCCCAGCUGGGGGCACGACCCCUCUUUGUUUGGAGGAGGGGAGAGAGUGCUGAAGUGUGACGGACCCAGCAGUUUUGGGGGGGCUCCACUGAGACCGCUCUCCAGGGCUGCAGGGAGGGGGCCAGGUGGGGAAGUGGCCCCAGGCCUGGGGUGCUGACCACGGCCCCGGGUUCUUUCU